AAUUAUAUAAAAAGACUAAUGAAAUACUUAAUUUAAUUUAAAUCAAUACCAAAUUAUAUAGACUUUUGUUUACCCGAGCUAAAAUCAUUAAUAAUCAUGUAUAAUUUAGAUUUAUGGCAAGUUUUUAAUUACGAACUAGCAAUUAAUAAAUAAAAAAAUCCGGGAUUAACAAUAGAAAAUGCAUCAUAAAUACAACACAAAAAUUUUGAGCGAUUUCCAUUUAUUUAUAUUGAUAUACCAAACGAAGAAAUAGCUUAAUAGAUAAUAAACCGUUCAGUAUUAAUAGACGUAAUAAUAUAAGUAAUAUCUGAAGGUAAAAGCUACUAAGAAAUCAUUUAAAAUGCCGAUUUAGAAAUAUUAGAAUAACACAAUGACCCUAAUUAUAAAAUUUCGUUUGAAAUAGAUCCAUAUAAUUCUCAUUUAAGUUAAGAUUAAAUGAUUUCAAUAAUAGAUUUUAUAACUGAAUCAUUUCAUAUAAAAGGAAAAAUAGAUAUUAAAAAUUCCCAAAAAAAAUUCUGGAUUAUGGAAAGGCAUGUUCAUCCGUAUAUUAAGUUUACAGAUAAUACUAUUACUUAAACAUUAUUAAAUAUAUUUUUUGGUGUAGAAAUUGCAAAAUCAAAAUCUAGUUUUCGAAUAAGCUAAAAAGACAAUUUUCUAUAUUAAUAUGAUUUGAAAAACAGAGUAUAUUUAGGACCUACCACAACAGAUAAUUUAUUAGCAUUCUUAAUGACAAAUUAAGCAAAAAUUAAACAAAAUGAUAUUAUAUUUGAUCCUUUUGUAGGUAGUGGAUCUCUUCUAGUUCCUUCUUCACAUUAUAAUGCUAUUUGUAUAGGAGAAGAUUUAGAUCCGAGAGUCUUACAUGGAUUUGGUGUCGGAAGAUUGAAUAAGAAGUCUAAUUUCUAUUAAAAAAAUAAUACUUAUUGUGAACAAAUGAGACCGAAAAUUCUAUUAAAUUUCGAAUAAUAUAAUCUUGGUUAACCCGAAAUAAUUAGAAUGGAUUGUGUCAAUAAUAAUUUUAGAUAAAAAGAAAUUUUCGAUGCUAUUAUUUGUGAUCCACCUUACGGAGUAAGGGCUAUGACUAGAACUAAAGGAAAGAAAAAAAUUAAUAAUAAUUAAGAUGUGGAAGAAGAAGAUGAAGAGUAAAAAGAUUAACCAAAUGAUGAUACUAAAGAUUAAAAGAAUUGCUAGAAUUUAUAAGAUGAUGUUAUCGAGCAAGUUUAAGAUUUAAAGAAUUAAAAUAAUUUUAUCGAUAUUAAUUCUGUUUUAGAUAACAAUAAUAAUCAUUAAAAUGAAAUUUUAAAUAACUAAUUAUAGGAAUAAGAUUAGGUUAAUAAGAAAUUGCUAUUAUUAGAAGAAGAAGAAGAGAAAAAAUAAUAAUUUAUAAGCCACGAUAAAAAGAUUAGUAAUUAAGAUUAUAUUUUUCCUAAUUAAAAUAAUAAUGUUUUGGAUUAAACAUAAAAUAUGAUUAUUUCUAAUAAUAAAUGUAUAAAUAAUUAAAAUCAAAAAUCUGAAAAAAAAUACAAAGACACUAAUAAUAAUGAUAAAAAACAUAAUUAAUAAUAAACUAUAAGAAAUAUUUAAGACAAAUGCUUUUAAGAAAAAGAAGAUAGUAUUUAAGAUACUAGUGAAGGAGCAGAUGGAUAUUAAAGUACUAUGUAAAGUUAAGAGGAUGCAAGUUAAAUUUUCGAAAAAAAAGAGAUGAAAAAUAAAGAAGGGAAAAAAAUAAUUUAUAAUAUAAAAAAGAAAUAAACGAUUACAACUUCUGUUGAUAAUAUAGUUGAGGGAUUAUUUUAAUUAGCUGAUAAAAUGCUUAUUUAAGGAGGAAUG